GCUUUGAGAGCCGAUUCGCCACUGUCGGGUGGUGUAGGGUAAGUUAUCAGGAACCUCGACCAUCUCAGCUGAUUAACUAGCAGAAUGACUGAUUCCCCAGAGCAUCACUACAUUAAUCCCAGUAAAUAACUGCAAACGUUGUUCUUUGGUAGAGGACUAAAUGCACUCAGAGGAUCAGAUCACAAUUUGAUCAUCAGGAUAUUACUCACACUUAUUCAUGGCCACGGCAUCUCGAUCCUAAUUCGCUCAGACAUCGAAUCUUCUCCAGCCUGCAAAAGCUUGUUUACCGAAAGCGGACUAGUCUAUGAGCCUCCUAACAGCCAGGUGUCGAGACCAAUUCCGAACUUGACACUAUUGGCGAUCGCAUUCACAUCGAUCUCAAUCCGACGGAACAACAUCCCCAGACAAAGUACAAACACGACGAAUACUCCCACCCGAUCAUCAUCCAUUAUGGCUGAACAAGCUCUUGAUCAGAUUCGAGACGUCUUCGAUGGCCAAAUUGACUUUGAAGGACAGAAGCUGGCCGAGCUCCUUGCUACAGUUCUCCUUGUCAUUUCUGGCCUGAUCUCCUUCGUUGUCGGCUACAUCCUCCAAGAUAUCAAGCUCGCAGUCUACCUAGGUCUAGGAGGCACGGCGUUAACCUUCCUCGUCGUGGUGCCGGCCUGGCCCUUUUACAACAAACAUCCCGUCAAGUGGCUUCCAGCGGGGUACGCAUACGAUCUUGCAAGCAAAGGAAAUCAAUAGAUUGUAUACCGUGCACUGGGCCUCGCUGUGUCAUGACCUCUACAGCCUAUCGAAGCUGAUUAUGACACCUCAAUAAUACUGUUUCCUUGCAGAUGCUUUGUUCUUUUCUUCAUAAUCCAUGAUAUUCGGAUACGUCGACCGCAUCCUCUUUAUCGACCGUACUUCUGGAACUCCCAGUCCCUGUUGUCCAAAGGACAAACAGAUCGAGCCUUAAGCCAUCUCGAAAUACAGUGAAAGUGGAACGCAUGCUGUGUCUCUGUUAGCCGAAUGACACGAAAAGAAAGGGCGCGUUGCAGCCUUACGUUGCAUAUCCCCCAGGCCACGGUGCACUCUUCGCUUGUCGCAGAUGCUUGGUUUGCCUGGCAUUCGAUGCCUAAUGAUUUGUGAGCACUUUGUGAUAUAUAUACAACAAGAAUCCGAGUAAACAUACAUAGAUCCAUGAUGUGGUUUCGGCAGAUGGCACAGUUGUCAACAACGAUGUCCCAUGCCCAAAGAGCGACCGCAUUCCACUGUUCGUUUCCGGUCAGCAUGACUCCGGGAGGCUCACAACUGGCAACUCUGUACCUUCUUGACCUCAAAUUUCUUCUUUCCCUCGACACUCUUGCUGCCGGAGCCCUCGCCCUUCUUAGCGACGGGCGCAUCGCUCAUCUCAACGUCGGCCAUGUUUCGCGCUGUGCUGGUCGACCUGCAACACCACGCUAUGGUUGGUUUCGUUGACUGAUACCAAGUUACACUGGUUGGCUAGAAGCAGUCAGAAUUAUUCAUAUGUCGGUAAUCUUCAUGGACGGAAAAUGGGACAUGUAGCGCGCAGUUUCGGUUUGAAGGUAAGGAGACGUACGGAUAUCGUUUGUUCGAUAGAUCAAUAUGUCUAGAGUUGUGAAUGCUUGUAAUUGUCAGCAAUGAGAAGAGGAUGAAUAAACAGCUUCGGGCACGGUUUGCUUUUGUAAAGAAAAAGUACCUUGAUGGUGCAGUUGCGAGGAAGGCGAGGGGACUCACAGUGAAUUUGGUUCUGAGCAAGUGAUGAUGCGGCUCUGAACCUCUGCUCUAAAGGCUUCGGAUGCCGCAGAGCUCCUCUAGGUAGGCGGGCAGGCGGACAGGCAGCUGGAGGAGUUCAAGCCUUAGGUCACCUCACCUAAUUCAGGCUGCGUCCGGCGGGAGAGUGGCGGGGCGGGGUCGAUCACAGAGGCCCUAUCGCUUAUCAGUCGUGAUGAGACUUUCGCUAGAAACGAAACAUAGAAGUCUCACAC